CGGCGUAGAACAAGUCACUACGUAAUAUGCGUAAAUCGACAGAGGCAGUCGCUUGAUUCAUAACAGUGGUGCAGCGUGACACUGGGCGGUGGUAGAUAGCAGGUACGUGAUUACACGCUGUUAAACAAGGAGGCAAGAUGUCGCUACGCAGGAUCACCCAGGAGACGUUUGACGCCGCGGUCAGAGAAAACAUGGAGGAGUUCGAGAUGGAGCCUGACGAGGCCCUGAGGGAUGCUGUGGAGCAGUUUGAUUCUCAAGGCGUGGACCUCAGUUGCAUACUCAAAGCUGUACCCACUGCUUCAUCUGAUGAGAACCCAGAAGAGAAAACACAUGAGGUCUUAAAGGCUUUGGAUUCUCUCCGAAUUGGAAAAGACUCUUCUGGAGUGAUGGAAUGGACAUCAGCCCUAAAGUGCUUCACUGAACAGUGCUUACAUGGAUUUGCCCAGAGGUACCUAGCUGCCCAAAAAGACGCCUACCCCAUUGUCCUCUGCUACUGCAAAAAGAGUUUAGAGGAGCGAGAGGCUGUGCUGGCAGCUCUCUCCGCUCUGGCUGCUCUGACAGAUGGACAGCCAGACUUGUUGGAUGCGGAGGGCAAGAAGUUUCUUUUGGAAGCCCUUAAAAGAUACCAGGCAGAUUCCUCGGUGACAUGUGUAGCCAUCUGCGUUGUGCGUAACUGCUGUUUGAAGCAUGAACAGAACAGGCAGGAUUUGGUAAAAGGCGGAGUCCUGCCCCUGCUGACCACUGCUGUCACACAACAUAGAGGAUGUGCAGAGGUGUUGAAGGAGGCCUCUGCAGCUCUCAGGGUCAUGACCUUUGAUGAUGAUAUCCGAGUUGCGUUUGGGAAUGCUCAUGAAACUGCCAAGAGUAUUGUUCUUGAGAACAAGGGACUGAAUGUCUUAAUCGAGGCUGCAAAAGCUCACCCUGAUAAUUCUUCUGUUCUGGCUGAGAUCUGUUCAACCUUGUCCCGUCUGGCUGUGAGGAACGAGUUCUGUCAAGACAUCUGUGACAUGGGAGGAUUGAAAUUCAUGAUGACGCUGCUCGCAGACAGCUACGAGACAGCGGUAUUGUACAAAAACACAAGGGACACAAACUCAUUCAACUUCCGUGUUCCGCUCACUGAACUUGUUUCCCUCUUGCAGGAGUUGGUUCGGCAGGUCAUGAAUGCAAUAAAAGCUGUAGCAGGAAACGACGAUGUAAAAGAUGCUGUUGUGAAUGCAGGCGGAGUCCAGCUCAUUGUUAUCGCCAUGAACAGACACAUUAGCAACCCAGCUGUGUGUGAAAGUAGCUGUGCGUGCCUCUCUGUUCUUUGUUUGCGCAAACCAGAAAACUGCCAGGCCAUCAUGGAGAAUGGAGGUGCCUUGGCUGCGGUGGAGGCCAUGAAGGCGCAUACAAAGUCUGUUAAUGUGCAGAAACAGGCUUGUAAUCUGCUGAGAAACAUGGUGUCACGCAUGCCAAACUACACACAACCAAUCCUGGAGAUGGGAGCGGAGGCUCUGAUUAUUCAAGCACUAAAGAACCACCAGGACUGUGGUGAUCUGGGUAAAGCAGCCCUCAGAGAUCUGGGAUGCCAGGUGGAGCUGCGAGAGCUGUGGACUGGCAAACAUGGCAGCCUUAAAGACUGAGAGAAGAAGAGAGCAUCAUUGAAUACCUCCACUCUGACAAUUAGAUAACCUGAAAUACAUUGUUAAGAAGGAAUCAGGUCAGAAUGAUGGUAUACAUAUAGCAAACAGAUACACCUACCUAGAUAGACACAUUUUUUCAGAAUAGUCAUAGAAAAUGCUUGAGCUAUUCGAACAACCAAGUCAACGGUUCCACAUCCAUUGCUAUUAAGAUAUAUAUAUAUAUAUAUAUAUUACUUUUUCAGUCCUUUUUGCUGUUUUCGAUUCAAAGGAAAAGGCUGUUGUAGUUCUGAUGUACUUGUCUUGUUUGCUGUUAAUAUUUUGUUCAAAUUUAAUAAAUGUAAUAUUCAUUUUCAGAAAGUUGCGUUACGAGUAAACAUGACCAAACCAUGGGUAAACAAAUGUAUUUGCUGCCAUGAAAAUAGUUUAACUACAUUGUAAUUUGGGCAGAUUGCAUUCCUAUGUUGACAGAAACUUUGAAGUGUAUUUUAUGCCUUCUAUGUGCACUAUAACAAAACAUUUCCUUUUUUGGGGGUUUUAUGCGUUCUUACUUUGUAAAGCUGAAGGCUCUGAUAUUUAGAACAAUGAUGGACGACUUUGUAAUCUGCUUGACUAUGAUAAAACUCAACCUUCACAUUA